GAGCUUCCUCACUCAGACGUGCAAGACAAGUGCCAGUGGUUGUAAAAUGUGAGCAAACUUCGGCUCUCUCGGUUCGGUAACGAGCGUGUCCGAAACUCUCCUCCCUUUUUUUCUCCACCGGCUGCUGAAGUGAGGCUGCGUUGGCUUCUCGUCAGACGCUCCGUCCGUCCAAAGACCUCGCAGAUAUUCAAUCGUGACGGCUCCGUCCCUCCGCUCCCACUCCUGCUUAAGAUUCCGCAGUUGACAAGACGCCGCCGCCGCAUCCUCCAUCCUCCUCUGACUUUUUUUUUUUUUUUUUUUUUUUGCCUUCACGCGAAACGGGGAAUUUCAGGAUUCAAGUUUAAUCAUACGAGGAGUUUACAAUGACAGCCACGAAGGAGCAGCCGAAUCAGAGGCAGAACCAGCCGCAGCAGGAUGAGGACCUGGGUGGGGUGAGUCCCCCUCAGAGGAACUGGAAAGGGAUUGCCAUCGCUCUGCUGGUCAUCUUGGUGGUCUGCUCUCUAAUCACCAUGUCUGUCAUCCUCCUCACACCAGCUGACAGCCAAGCUGGAAGUGACACCAAACUGACUGUGGAGGAUCUGUUCAAACCUGAGUUCAAGGUCCACGAUCCCGAGGCCAAAUGGAUCAAUGACUCUGAAGUCAUCUACAGAAACAGCGACGGCCACGUCAUCAAGUUCAAUAUCCUCACAAACGAAACAGAGAUCAUCCUGACUAACACAACAUUUAUAAAUUUCUAUGUGGCAAAGUAUUCGGUCUCCCCUGAUCUGAAAUAUGUGCUCUUCGCUUAUGAUGUCAAACAGGUCUACCGCCACUCCUACAUGGCCUCCUACAGUAUCUACAAUAUUCACACACGGGAGGUUUGGGAGCUGGACCCCCCUGAGGUGGUGAACUCCGUCCUGCAGUACGCUGCCUGGGGAGUGCAAGGACAACAGCUGAUCUACAUCUUUGAGAAUAACAUCUACUACCAAUCAGAUGUCAAAAGUAACUCCCUUCGGCUAACGUCCUCGGGGAAGGAAGGGAUCAUCUUCAAUGGGAUUGCUGACUGGCUCUAUGAAGAGGAGAUCCUGCAGACCCAUGUGGCACACUGGUGGUCACCUGAUGGAGAGAGGUUGGCCUUCCUGGUCCUUAAUGACAGUCUGGUGCCCAACAUGGCUUUACCUCGCUUCACCGGCAUGGCAUACCCCAAAGGAAAGCAGUACCCAUACCCUAAGGCUGGCCAACCCAACCCGGCGGUGAAACUCUAUGUAGUCAAUCUUUACGGGCCGACGCACACGCUGGAGCUCAUGCCUCCAGAGACGCUCAAGCUGCGGGAACAUUAUGUGACCAUGGUGAAGUGGAUCAGCAAGACCAAGACAUCUGUCAGGUGGCUGAACCGGGCCCAGAACAUCUCCAUCCUGACAGUGUGCGACACCACCACAGGAGCCUGCGUCACGAGACAUGAAGAAAGCUCUGAGCUCUGGCUCUCCAAGCAGAACCAAGAACCAGUGUUCUCCAAAGACGGCAGCAGAUUCUUCCUGACUGUCCCGGUCAAACAAGGAGGACGUGGAGAGUUCCAUCACAUCGCCAUGUUCACCACGCAGUUCAGAGCAGAUCAAAACGAAGUCCGGCAUCUAACAUCAGGGAACUGGGAGGUGACCAAGAUAAUUGCCUAUGACGAGAACACAGACAACCUUUAUUUUCUCAGCACAGAGGGUUCACCACGGAGACGGCAGCUCUUCAGUGUUAAAACUGUAGGUCUGUUCCCACGACGGUGUUUGACAUGCGAGCUAAAUAAGGCUCACUGUCUGUACUUCGAUGCUGACAUCAGCCCCACAAACCAGCACAUUAUCCUCCACUGUAAAGGUCCUGGAGCGCCCACAGUGAUCUUACACAGCCUCAAUAAUUCAAAUUACUACAUCCUUGAAAACAACUCUCUGCUGAAGGCGGCCUUAAAGUACAAAAGGAUCCAGCUGACUGACUUCAGAACUGUUCAGAUGGAACAUUUUGAUUUACCUUUGAAGAUUUCCUACCCACCAGACUUCUCAGAGUCCCGUCACUAUGGACUAUUGUUGGUGAUUGACAGCGCCCCUGGUGGUCAGGCGGUGAGCGACCGCUACUCUCUCAGCUGGGACUCAGUGCUGGUCAGCUCAGACAGCGUCAUCGUGGCUCGUCUGGACGGCCGAGGCAGUGGCUUCCAGGGUCAGAGGAUCUUGCACGAGGUUCACCAGAGACUGGGAACGGUUGAUGUUCAGGACCAGAUCGCAGCAGUAGAAUUCAUGAUGAAAUUUCCAUAUAUUGAUCGGACACGGAUAGCAGUAUUUGGAAAGGGUUAUGGAGCGUAUAUAACAUUAAUGAUGCUCAAGUCGACCGACAGCCUCUUUAAAUGUGCGUGUGCAAUGUCACCAGUGGCAGACUGGAAACUCUAUGCAUCAGCGUUCUCGGAGAGAUACCUUGGCAUGCCAUUACGGGAUGACAGCAGAUAUCAGUUUUCCAGUGUGCUGCAGAACGUUCAGGCACUUAAGGAGCAGACGCUGAUGCUGGUGCACGGCACAGCAGAUGCCAACAUCCACUUUCAGCAUACUGCUGAGCUCGUCAAGAACCUUGUGAAAGUUGGAGCAAACUACUCAAUGCAGAUCUACCCAGACGAGGGCCAUUUCCUGUCUCAGCAGAGUCGCCAGCACCUCUACGCCACACUGACCAGCUUCUACAGGGAGUGUCUGAAGGAAGAGUUACUACCGCUGCCGGAUGAUGAAGAGGAGGAGGAGGAAUAGGCGGGAGGCUUUGAGGGUCAGACCUUUGGCAGAGCUUGAAGAAUUUUGCUAAAAUCCGUCAAGGCCUUUCACAUUUGGACCAAGUGUUUCGCUGGACAUGGAUACUGGGUUAGAGCUGCUAAAGCUCUUAAAGUGAGUGUGAGUGUGUGUUUGUGUGUGUCUGUGUGUAUGUGUGUGUGUGUGAGCACUACUGUGUGACUGUGUAUGCCAGUGUAUAAAUGUGUUGACAAGAUAACAGAAGGACACGACAGUGACGCUCGCAUUGCCAGGACUUGAGGCGGGAACUGCCCUCUAGCAUAAAGUCAUAUCAGUUUCGGGACGCUCCGUUUCUUGGCAAAGCGCACGGAAGACCACCUUCAUCCUCUGCAGGCUCUCUGGGCUGCAGUCAUCCACAAGUGCAUGGUUCUUUUUUUACCCUCGCGGCUUCACUCAUUCUGCCAUGUUAGUCUCCUUUGUGCUAGCACUUGGGAAGAAAAGAACACAGAUGUACACUUUUGAUCUCACCUCUCCUUUGGUUGUCGUAUCGUUGCACAAGGAAAUGCUCCAGUCGUCUGCGAAAAUGUUUAGUCACGCAAGUUCACCACAACAGAGCCGAUCCUGAAUAAGUGCUACUUCCUGCUGAAAAAAACCCUCCUCCAUCGCCCUCCCUAACUGAAAACAGUCUUUAUAGGUCACACUUUAUUGUACAGGGGUCUUGUGUAGACAUGUACAAUGCCUUAUGAGGUGCAACAUACUGUAUUAUUACUUGCUGGCAGUCGUAGUCAUCCAUUAGCAGUGUCAUGUUAACCUAUGUCAACUCAGGUCCUCGAGACACAGCAUUGCAGUCAGUUUAGUAUUACUUACAACGCCAUGUCAGCUGUAUGGUCAUGGUUAAGAAUUAUAUAUGAUGAUAAUGGAUAUUGGCCAUACGGUUAUUUCAGUUUCAAGCUACACUGCAACUUCUCCAUCUUAAUAUGUCAUUCUUGUUUUCCUAAAAUCUGGUGUGUUUCCUAAAAAGGUGUGAGAUGAUUUUUUACAGUGAGGCUCCACCUGAUUCUAGAGCUUUCUUGAAGUUGAUAAACAUUUUCCUCUAUUUCUUAUAGUGGACCUGUGGGUCAGUGCACAACAACAUUUCAGAAAACAAAACAACACUACAGUAUUUACCA